AUGCCGUUCCACCGUAUCUAUGCCGCGCCUGGCCUGUACAGCGCCAAGGACAAGGCCGACAUUGCCGCCUCGCUCACGAGCUACUACACGAGCUUUGGGCUGCCGGCCUUCUACGUCGUCGUCAUCUUCCACGAUGUCGACCCGGCGGCCGACUUCUACAUCGGCGGCGUGAGCCAGGCGGAGCGGGAGCGCAAGACGGGCAAGCCGUUUGUGCGCGUCGUCUCGCAGCAUCUGGCGCUGACGAUGGUCGGCGACCGGAGGCCUCGCGGCACGGACUCGCUCUGCGCCAAGUUCGACCCCUGGAUCAAGGACCGCGGCUACGAGUGGGAGCUCCAUAUCGAGGAGCCUUCGCGCGACCUGUGGCGCAUCAAUGGUCUCGAGCCGCCUCCGUUCUCGUCCGAAGCAGAAGCUGUCUGGCGGCUGCAGGACGCUGGCGUCCCGUGCUAG